AUGGUGAGCGUCGACGUGCUGCUGGGCUACGCGGCGCUGGUCUUCUGCGCCUGGAAGCUCGUAUCCUCCGUCGCCGCCGCAAUGUCGGGCGCGUCGCAUCAGUUCCCACCCGUGCCCAAGGGCGUUCGCCCCCCUCCGGGUCACGUGGACGUACUGCAGCGGUUCUUCGUGACGUCUGGCGGUUUGGCGCUUUAUGUGCACAAGUGGCUGCCGCGCUUCGACCGCGCGCCUCGAGGCGUGUUCUUCAUUCUACACGGACUGGGGGAGCACGGGGGCCGCUACGACCACGUGGGUAGAGCGCUGGCCAAGGAGGGGUUCGCCGUCUUCAUGGUGGACCACCAGGGCCACGGAAUGAGCGACGGCGAGCGCAUGUACGCGAACGAGGUGCGGGACCUGUCCAAGGACUUCAUGGAGUUCGUGCAACACGUGCUCAACGGCCCUGAGCCUGGUAGCAAGAACGCCCCGGUGGUGGACCCUGAGCUGGAGGCGCACGCUGACGUGAAGUGGAAAGAUCUGCCGAGAUUCGUGCUCGGUCACUCGAUGGGGGGAGUGCUGGUGCUGCAGCUCGUGGAGCUGUCCAUGCAGCAAGGACUGAGCUGGAACGGGGUCAUUGUAUCCUCUGCGCCGUUCUGGACGGUUCCGGAGGGAGGUGUCGCGGGCUUUCUGGGGGGUCUCGCUCGGAUGCUGCCCAGGAUGCACGUCCUGGGGCUCGAGUUCCCGAAACUGGGCAACGAUUACGAAGUGUACAAACGCUGGACGCGGGAUGAGUUGAUGCCCAAGCAUGGAUCUACGUUGCGGCUCAUGUACAGUCUCCUGAGUGAAGGAGAUCGGUUCGCGCAAAGUGACAACGAGCUGGCGAAGAACUUUCCGGCGCCGCUGUAUGUGCUCCACGGAGAGAAAGACACUAUUACGUUUCCUCAGGGAAGUAUCAACUUCUACACCGCCUGCACGCAGAAGGACAAGACCAUCAACAUCGUUCCGGAUGCGUUGCACGAGGUGCUUAAUCUUGAGGGAUACGAGAAGAUUCUGAACAAUUUUGUGGAGUGGAUGACGGCGCGACUCCAGUGA